AUGGAUGCCGAUCAACCCUUCUCGGUCUUCAGAUUGCCGGCAGGUGCAAAAGAUGGCGUCAGUUCCAUGCCAGUCCCUCGCGAGCCGGCCCGCGUGAACGCUCAACCGAAGCACGGUGACACCCAUGCUUCCAACAGCCGCAGGUGGUCAGCCCUAGCGUGCGCUGCAGCAUGCGGCGCCGCAUCCGUCCGACAGGUAAAGCGAGUACAGAAGCGUUCUGCGGUCAACCGCAAGGUUUAUAGAGUCCAAGUGGACCUUCCAGACCCGAUGGAUGUUGAAAAACAGAUCGAGACGGUUGCAGGACCAAUGUUUGCAAAGGAUAUUCAACAAGCUGGCCGUGCCGCCACUGACCUCUUGCAUUCGACUGAGAAGGCGCUGCCCAAGAUGAUGCUUCCGGAACUUCCAAAAAUACCGCUGCCUUCCUUGCCAGCGGUCCCCCCCGAGCUGACGGCGGCAGUAAAGCAGUUGGCAGCCAAAGUUGAGGCGGCGGCGCCCAACUUGACCACGGACUUGAAGAAUCUGGCAGCCCAUUUACCACCAGACAUUGCCAAGGUUUUGUUGCACCCACAGGUGCUGGAGCCUGUCAUGCUCCCGGCGGGCGUGGGAGCUGUCGUGGUGUGGCUAUUGGCCCUGCGCCGGGGCCCGCAGCCAUGGAUAGAGGAGUUGCCUCGGGAGUACGAUUACGGCCGCAUCACCGCAUACUGGCAGCGAAGGCCCUUCAAGCUUCUGACGCGCUUCGUGGAAGCAGGAAUCAAGGUCGGGGGAUUUCUGCUAUCCCGCAAAUUGGACGAGUGGACUGGGACGGAAGACCAGAUGCGUCCACAGAGGGCCGUGGAAGCGAGGGAGCUGAUCACGGAUCUGGGCGUGACCUUCAUCAAGAUCGCUCAGGUUUGGGCGUCGCGACCUGACAUCCUACCCAAAGAGUACCUGAAAGAGUACGAGAAGCUUUUGGAGCAGGUGCGGCCCUUCGGCAAGGACUUGGCCUUGGAGACCCUUCGUCGGAAGGAAGAAGGGGGCAGGGCGGCCAUCGAUAUGUUUGACGACCUCAGUGUCUUCGAGAAGCCAAUUGCCUCCGCCUCCGUGGGCCAGGUCUACAAGGCCGAGCUCAAUGGGAAGACAGUGGCUGUGAAAGUGCAGCGGCCCGAUGUCCGAGAGCAAUCCACCCUAGACCUCUAUGUGAUCCGCACAGCUGGCUCAAUUGGCUCGCUGCUACCGUGGCCUUUCCUGUCUACGGCCAGGCAGUCCAGGAACCUCGUGGAGCUCAUCGACCUCACCGCGCCGACCUUCGUUCAGGAGCUGGACUACGAGGUGGAGGCCGCAAACCAGCGUCGCUUUGCCGAGACAGUCGAGGAUUGCGAGCUCAUCCGGGAUGCUGUCGUAGUGCCAGAGAUCGUGUUUGCGAAUCGCGAGGUUCUCGUUCAGGAGUGGCUCGACGGAAAGAAGUUGACAGAGCCUGGUGCGGCCCAGGAACAGGCUGGCCGUGUGGUGAAGCUGCUGCUGAACAGCUACAUGGUCCAGUUCUUGGAAACGGGGUACCUGCACGGGGACCCUCACCCCGGCAACUUUAUCCUCAUGGGUGAUGGGCGCCUCGGCAUUCUGGACUAUGGCCUGAUGACCGAGAUCAGUUCUGAGAAGCGCCUGGCUUUUAUCGAGUUCCUGAUGCAUUUGCAGGCGAAGGAGUACAGGAGCUGUCUCAACGACCUGAUCAACCUCGAGUUCUUUCCUCCAGCCCUGGCGGAGGAUAAGGAGGCCCUGGAUAUCAUCGUGCCCACCCUGGCGAACACAUUGUCGACGCUCUAUGAGGAAGGUGGUGACCUCAAGAAGAAGCAGGCGAUGUUCGUAAAGCAGCGAGAAGAGAUGAAAGCCGCCGGAAAGUUGGAUGGCCUGCGAGAGAAGCUGCAGGCCAUCAGCAAGAAGUACUCCGGAGCUUUCCGGUUGCCUCCCUACUUCACGCUGAUCCUGCGGGCCUUCGGUACCCUUGAGGGUCUCGGGCUGAAGACCAACGAGAACUUCGCCAUCGUCAAGGAGUGUUUCCCGUACAUUGCCCGGCGCUUGAUCACCGAUGACAGCUUCCGAAUGCGUGAAGCUUUGAGGUCAUACCUCUACAAGGGCCGAUCUCGCAUUGCUGUCUCGCGCAUUGACGAGCUGGCAACGGGAUUUGGCAACUUCACAAACCUAAUGAAGGGAAGCCGGACGGAGUCCGCUGCGGCCGGCGGCAUCCAGCUCAAGCCCGCGGAUAGCGGCACAUCCAACGACGCCACUCACGACCAGAGCACCCAGAACAGUCAGCGACGUGAGGUGGAUUCGGCCACACGGGAGAUCGCAGAGGUCGUGUUCUCCCGGGACGGCAACUUCUUGCAGGAUUUGCUGAUCGAGGAGGGUGUGGCAGCCAUCGAUGCUCUCUCCCGUGCCUCGCUGGUGCGGCUCCUGCGCACUUUGGGACCCCUAGCUCUUCCUUUGUCCCUGCCCCUGAACCUGCUGCUUGGCGGCGUGGACGACCAGCAGCUUCUUAGCCGGGAAGACAAGCAGUCACUGCUCGUUCUCCGGCGAAUCACAGAGCUUGUGGAUGCUGGCCGACGCCCGGCUGCCGAGAGCGACGACCGUGGCGCAGACUUGGGCGAGACUGUGCGAAGCCUCCAAAGGCUCCAGCCCAUUGCCCAGGGACUGCUGCCGUCCAUUACCCCCGGGGCCGCGUCCUUCGCGGGUCGCUUUGCCCGGCAGUUGGCGCGGCGUGUGCUGCUGCGCUUGGCUGACGAUGUGGAGCGCAGGGCUAACAACGCCUUGAUUGUGAACUAA